GUGGCCCGUGAAGUGCGACAUCCUUCCUAGUCCAUGGCACAACAUUGUACGACAACCAAUAUCUUUUUACGACUGGUAACGGACGGUUGUUUUCCUUGUUGCUCCGCGACGGGCCGUUUCUUGAACCGAAUUUAGUUGACGAAGGUUCUCUCAGACUAUUUUAACUUCUGUACGUCAUGGAUACCGAACAGAUUAUCGAGGGACAGCCACAGGUUCCAGAAAAUCCACAUGCGGAAUAUGGCCUUACGGAAAAUGUAGAGCGGAUAGUGGAAAAUGAGAAAACGGGGGCAGAAAAAACAUCAAAGCAGAAAGUGGACCUUCAGUCAUUACCUACACGUGCAUAUCUGGAUCAGACAGUUGUCCCUAUCUUAUUACAAGGCCUUGCAAUCCUUGCAAAGGAGAGGCCUAUAAACCCUAUUGAAUUUUUAGCGGCGUAUCUGUUAAAGAAUAAAGCACAGUUUGAAGACAGGAAUUAAUUUCAUCUGGAGAUUGACAAUUGAUUGCUAUGUUCUGUACUAAAAACAUGAAUCAUUGUCUGAUACAUAAAUCCUGCAAAACCAAAAAUUCUCAUGUACAGACCAUUAAUUGAAUUAUUUAAUAAAAUACCUUAUAUAAAUUA